GCGACUGUUUACGGAUGUAAUUUACAAGUCGUUCUUCCUGACAUAAUAUCGCUGCUAUCAUGUCAGCCGUCUUCAUUGCUCCUUUCUUUGUAUUCCAGCGCGGUCUUCACUAUACGUCUCCAUAAAUCUACCGGAGGAAGCUCCCAAAGCAGAAUGUUAUACUCGUCAGCCAUGACAACCUCGAUUUACAACCCACGGUUGCGCCUGCUGAAUGCUCUUCGAGCCACUUCGAAGCCUAUUAUAACGUUUUUAGGGGUUCCAUCCUUUCGCACAGCCCAAAUUGUAGCUCAGACCGGCGUUGAUGGCAUUAUCAUCGAUUGUGAGCAUGGCCAUAUCAGCGACAAUUCCAUGCACAGCUCAACUGCCGCUAUCGCUGCUUUGGGAGUGUCGCCGCUUGUUCGUCUUAGAAUGACUCACGCGGAUUUGAUUAAACGAGCUUUGGAUGCUGGUGCACACGGCGUCGUUGUACCUCAGAUCAAUACUGCCGAAGAAGCCAGGACAGUUGUCUCUCAUUCAAAAUUCCCUCCGCAAGGACUUCGAGGACAAGGCUCAGCGUUUCCAGCCAUCGCUCAUGGCACCGACCUGCCGACAUACCUGAAAACAGCGAACGAAACGCUCAUUACGUGUGUUCAAAUUGAAUCGAAAGCGGGGGUCGAGAAUGUUGACGCUAUCUGUGCUGUCCCUGGUGUCGAGACAGAGCCUGAAUUUGUCGACGCCAUAGAAAAGAUCGUGGCAGCAGCCAGGAAGCAUGGGAAAUGGGUUGGUCGCUUAUCAAACAACGGGGCUUUGUGCAGGGAGCAUCUGAAAGUGUUUGAUACUGUGGCGAUGAGUUACGAUAUUCGGGCGAUUCAAAACUGGUAUACAACCGAGUUGCAAGUUGCGCGCUCGUGA